UCUCGCGAUGUUAGAGAGAGGACGUGCUUCCGGGUGAGGCACACAGAUCACCGCGUGGAACACAUUCCCGUUGGAACUGCGACUAGCGAAGGCUUUCUAGGAGAUAAGUUUGUUUCGGGUUUAAACUUGGUGAAAAAGCGUCAGAGAUGCUUGUUUUAUUUGAAACCGCUGCUGGUUAUGCAAUAUUUAAAGUCCUCGAUGAGUCAAAGCUCCAAGAGGUGGACAGUUUAUGGAAGGAGUUCGAGACUCCGGAGAAGGCCAACAAAGUAGUGAAGUUGAAGCACUUUGAGAAAUUCCAGGACACAACAGAGACCUUGGCAGAGUUGCCCCUGUUAUUGUGAAGUGGAAACGUCUAGGAGCAACAACGGCUCGGCUGCAACGUGGUAGACCAUCAGGACACAGAUGGAGUCCCUGAUCACUGCGCUGCCCCCCCGGGAGAUCAGCGCCAUGUCUCUGGGACUGGCUCACAGUUUGUCCCGCUACAAGCUGAAGUUCAGCCCUGACAAAGUGGAUACCAUGAUCGUUCAAGCUAUCUCUCUGCUGGAUGACCUGGACAAGGAGCUCAACAACUACAUCAUGCGCUGUAGGGAGUGGUACGGCUGGCACUUCCCUGAGGUGGGGAAGAUCAUCACUGACAACCUGGCCUACUGCAAGAGUGUCCGGAAGAUAGGCGCUCGUACCAACGUGGCAACCACCGACCUGUCUGAGCAUCUCUCCGAGGAGGUGAAGGCAGAGGUCAAACUGGCUGCAGAGAUCUCCAUGGGAACGGAGGUGUCAGAGGAGGACAUCGGCAACAUCAUGCACCUGUGUGACCAGGUGAUAGAGAUUACAGAGUACCGCACCCAACUUUACGACUAUCUGAAGAACAUGAUGAUGGCUAUCGCUCCCAACCUGACUGUCAUGGUGGGGGAACUGGUAGGGGCGCGGCUCAUCUCACACGCUGGGUCCCUGUUGAACCUGGCCAAGCACCCGGCCUCCACAGUCCAGAUCCUGGGAGCAGAGAAGGCCCUGUUCAGAGCCCUGAAGACGCGCAGAGACACGCCCAAAUAUGGUCUCAUCUACCACGCCUCUCUGGUGGGACAGACCUCGGCCAAGAACAAGGGCAAGAUCUCCAGGAUGCUGGCAGCCAAAGCAUCUCUGGCGAUCCGCUACGAUGCCCUGGGAGAGGACACAAACGCUGAGAUGGGAGUUGAGAACCGUGCCAAGCUGGAGGCCAGACUACGCCACCUAGAGGAGAAGGGAAUCAGAAGAAUCAGUGGAACAGGCAAAGCCAUGGCGAAGUCUGACAAAUACCAACACAAGAGUGACGUGAAGGUGUACGACCCCUCCGGAGACUCCACCCUCCCCUCUGUUUCCAAGAAGAGGAAGUUUGAGGAGGUGGAGGAGGAAGAGGUGGCCACACCGGUGACAGUCAAACCCAAGAAACCCAAGAAAGAACCUGUGGAAGAACUAGAGGCUUCAACGGCAGCAGAAGAAACUCCCAAGAAGAAGAAGAAAAAGAAGUUUAAGAAAGCCGAGGAGGACGUAAAGGAAGAGGAAGAGGAGGCGACCGUCUCUCCCACAGAGGAAUCGUCAAAGAAGAAGAAAAAGAAGAAAAAGGUCAAGGAGGAAGAGGGAGAUUAAUCUGGUUGGGGAGAAACUGUAUUAUAUUAGAACUUUUAGUUGUGGUUGUAUCUACCAGGGCCAGACUGACUGGUGUAUCUGACCGUUUAAAGACUAGAGAACUGGAGACGCAGGUUAUUUCAGAAUGACCAGCAGCUGAUCUGUUAUGAGACUUGAUGAUGUAUCUGACCGUUUAAAGACUAGAGAACUGGAGACGGAGGUUAUUUCAGACCAGCAGCUGAUCUGUUAUGAGACUUGAUGAUGUAUCUGACCGUUUAAAGACUAGAGAACUGGAGACGGAGGUUAUUUCAGAAUGACCAGCAGCUGAUCUGUUAUGAGACUUGAUAUAAAUCCUCCUGUGGAUUUGAGUUUAAGAUGAACCUUUAGUUUACUGUAACCUCUUAUUAUUACUAAUCAACUAAAGACCCAAUAGACUGUCUACAAUAUCAAUGUCCAUGUUAAAACACUCCACUGGUUUAACGAUGUGCCUUUUUUUAAAGAUGGGUUUUUCUGCUGUGUUUGUCCAUAAGUGAUUAAAUCCAUUUUUUAUUUUA